AUGUCAGGUCGCGUUCAAAAAUCGAAAUCGAGUUCUGCCUCUACUCUUCGUCGUCGUAAUCGCGCAUUGCGUAUUGCUGAGUUUGGCCUUGUCGUCGACAUGCCUUUUGAUCGUUUACUGGAUGAAGCGGCUCGUUUGGAGGACGCAGAGGUAGCUGAGGAGGAGGUGUUGCGAAAGAAAGCCGCUGCUUUGCGUGCCGCGCAGGCCGAGUUGGACGAGUCCAUGGCGCGGUUGGAUCGUUUGCGUAAGCAGAAAAGAAUGGUUUUCCGAAAGGGUCGAGAAGUUACAGAGGAGGAGCCGGUGGCGUUCACAGCGGAUUGGGAUACCCUGUACCCGGAUGUCGCUUUGUCGCCAUCCUUGUUGGCUGAGUUUGGUUUGUUGGAUUCAGGGUCGGUUGUUAAGAGGCGGAGUACUCCUGAAGCGUCUCCUGGGGGUGUUGGAGGCCCUUAG